UAGCGGCGGGUGGCGGUGGUGGUGGCGUCCAAGAUGUCGACCAAGAAUUUCCGAGUCAGCGAAGGGGACUGGAUUUGCCCUGACAAAAAAUGUGGAAAUGUAAACUUUGCUAGAAGAACCAGCUGUAAUCGAUGUGGUCGGGAGAAAACAACUGAGGCCAAGAUGAUGAAAGCUGGGGGCACCGAAAUAGGAAAGACACUUGCAGAAAAAAGCCGAGGUCUAUUUAGUGCUAAUGACUGGCAGUGUAAAACUUGCAGUAAUGUGAAUUGGGCCAGAAGAUCAGAGUGUAACAUGUGUAAUACUCCAAAGUAUGCUAAAUUAGAAGAAAGAACAGGAUAUGGUGGUGGUUUUAAUGAAAGAGAAAAUGUUGAAUAUAUAGAAAGAGAAGAAUCUGAUGGUGAAUAUGAUGAGUUUGGACGUAAAAAGAAAAAAUACAGAGGGAAGGCAGUUGGUCCUGCAUCUAUAUUAAAGGAAGUUGAAGAUAAAGAAUCAGAGGGAGAAGACGAGGAUGAGGAUGAAGAUCUUUCUAAAUAUAAAUUAGAUGAGGAUGAGGAUGAAGAUGAUACUGAUCUCUCAAAAUAUAAUCUUGAUGCCAGUGAAGAAGAAGAUAGUAAUAAAAAGAAAUCUAAUAGACGAAGUCGCUCAAAGUCUCGAUCUUCACAUUCACGAUCUUCAUCACGCUCAUCCUCCCCCUCAAGUUCAAGGUCUAGGUCCAGGUCCCGUUCAAGAAGUUCUUCCAGUUUGCAGUCAAGAUCUCGUUCCAGUUCCAGAGAACGUUCGAGAUCUCGUGGGUCGAAAUCAAGAAGUUCAUCAUCUUCUCCUGAGAGGAACAGAAAGAGAAGUCGUUCUAGAUCUUCUUCAUCUGGUGAUCGCAAAAAAAGACGAACAAGAUCACGGUCACCCGAAAGGCGCCACAGGUCAUCUUCUGGAUCGUCCCAUUCUGGUUCCCGUUCAAGUUCAAAAAAGAAAUAAUGUAUUAAAAUUUACAUCAAAAAAAAAAUCCAGUACAGUGCAUGAAGCAUAUUUUUAAAGAAGUUGGUGUCAUACUUGGUCAGAAGUGCUAAAUCUGCUAGUAGAGGUGCAUGCCUUUCAUUGCUUUUCAGAACAAUACAGCUGUGUUUAUUUGUAAAGUUAAAAGUAAAUAGCAUUUUAAGCCAUAAUGUCCCAAAAUAGAUGCUCUAUUUAUCAUUUAUUAUUUACAGCCAUUUGCUUCAUUCAUCAACCAUCUCAGCUGUAACAAAGUACUUUGUUUCCUAAUUUAAACUCUUGUUUUUCUCAUUUCUAAAUAUAUCCUAUUGGCUAAAACAGGAUUACCAAGGCUUGUCCAAACUUUGGGCAUGGAGGCAAGACUGGUAAACUUGUUGGAAACAAACUUUUUAUGUUAAUGUGGUAAAAGAAGUCUACCUGUUUAUGUUGUUAACACAUGUUAAAGUUAUUCUUACCAAAAAAGGUCAAACUGAGUUUAAACAGCUAGCUGGAAACUUCUUUAUUUUUAAAUUCCCUAUGCUAAGGGUGCCUUAGAAUCAUUGUCUCUCUUUUAUCCAGCUGUAUUUUUUUUGCACCACCACAUUUAAUGCAAAAGAAUCUUGUGAAUUGCUGAAGGAGAAAAUGUCAUUUUCCUUUCUGACACAUAAUUUGGGGCAAGAAAGAAAGCCUAACAUUUCAUCUCUUCUUUAUUGGUAUGGUUGCCAGAGAAGAGAAACAUCUUAUUUCAAAACAUUUAUCAAUAUUUUAAGAAGCUUUGUGUGAUAUCCUUUAAAGUCCAGUUAUCAAAUAUGAUAGGGUAAAAAGGCUAAAUCAUAGUUAAUGAGAAAAUGUAAGAAAGUUUUUGAAUUAUAUUUCUCUUUUGAUGAAAGGACAACACAGACAUUGUGAAUUUAAGUGAACAUUCGCCUCUCGAUUUACUAUAAACACAUUGCAUAAAAUUUUCUUCUGAAUAACAAAUGAAUGCUUAUUUCUAUAUACUGUAAGCAAAAAUCAUUUUUCCUAUUCACUUGAAAUAACUUAUGGCUUAAAAUGCUUUCAGAGUUUGUUUUAUUUUUGAAAAUUAAAAUCUGGUCACUGAACUCCAUUUUGUUUUCUGGUUUAAAAACAAAAAGGUUUCUCUUAACAGUAUCUUCAGUGACAAUGCAAGGUAAGUAUAUUAAGGGAAAUCAACAAUUGUGCUUGUGGGCUUUUUGUUAUGGGGAUAUUGAUUUCUUUUUCUUUUCCCUCAACAUUGUCUGCUGCAAUUUGAAUAAAAAUUAAAACAUUUUAAGGUGUUUAGUAGACAGACCAAACAUAGUUAUAUUUGUUUUUUAUUUUAAAGUGUGUUUUUCUCUUCAACUGAUCUAAAGAUGAAAGCAGAAUAUCUUAUGUAGAAAUAUUUUGAUAAUAUUUUUACAAUAAGCUUUCUUGUGUUUUUUAUGUCUUAAUUUUUUUGCCGCGUUUACUGUAGGUUGCACAAGAACUUUUACUCUCUUGUAAUUGUGCCUCAGACUUUUUGAAAGUCUACCUUCUAAGUUGCCCAGAUGAUCCUCUAGAUUCUACAUGUUACCAUUGGUUUAUUCUUGUGCUUUCUGUAUUUAAAAUUUUGGCUGUACUAAGCAAAUGCAAGGUUAUAAAUUUAGCUAAUAGUAGUUUACAGACAAUUCAGAUGAUUAUGAUUUCAUUUGGUUUAACUAAGCUGUACUAGUUCAUUUCGUAAGGAAAUGAUGCUGUAGACAAAUGUAAAUAAAGCCUGUGAGUCAAGCAUCAAGUGGUGUUUGUUAGAAAUAAGCUAGAGAUUUUUAAGCUUUGA